CGCAUUUUCGCGUUGCUCUUCUGCAACAUAUAUUUUUUCUCUCUAACCGUUUUGAAUUCGUUUGAAUAAAAAUCAGUAAAACAAAAAUCGCGCAUCGAAACUGAAUUUAUAUUACAUAAGAAUUGCAUUGAUUUUGUGGUGUCGAUUUAAGCACGAUAUUAAAAACACUAAUGAAUUAAACCAAAAAAAAAGAAAAGAGUUUUCGCUUUUUGAAAAAGGACUUGCUGAAUUUUUCUCUGAUAAAUAAAGUCGAAUUGUGUGCGUUUUUAACCGAAAUUUUAUGAACUUUAAAAAUCGAACGUAAAGUGAUUGGUGAAAUAAACGGAAAUAAAUUCAAGAAAAAUGGAAGGCCAAAUUGAGAAUUUGGCAGAAGUAUAUGUGCAAGAUUUUGAAUUGGAUCAUUUGGGUGCACCAGUGAAACGUGAACCAGAAUCGGCGAUAAAAAUACCAUGGAAUUCAGUUGAUGACGAUGAAAUGCCAGCUGCCGUUCGUUUACGUCAAAUUAAUGUACCAAAUGGUUGGCAUCAGCAUGAAGAACGUCGCUUGCAUAAUUUCUCACCGCAAACUGAUCCACACAAUCACAAUACGAUGACAACAGCCCAAGGAAUUGUUGUGAACGGUGUAAAUGGUGUGCCAUCAACACCGCCUGAUACACCGCCGCAUGUGUAUUCACCAUGCAAUGGUACCAUGUACAAUAACCAUUCGUAUCCGCAUCCUCAUCGACAAUCGUCAACAUUUAUCGAAGAUAUGAUGUGGUUGCCACAAACAAUGCGAGGUGAACAACCGCUGGAUUUACGGCCGCUUCCAAAUUGUCUGGACAAUGAUUGGGAACGACGUGAGUAUAUGCAACAACAACCAAAUGGACAAUCGAUCACCAAUUUACCGUCACAUUUGACACAUUUGGAUCAUCAUCAUAUGAGUUCGAUAAAUGUGCACAAUUCAUACAAUCAUGCACAUGGAAAUCGACCAAUGUCGGUCAGUUCGACGCGUUCAUCAUCGACAAUUUCGCCACGACAUCAAUCGGGUCAUCAUCAUUCGUCCGGUUCGCAAAGCAGCCAAAAUCCCGAUAAAGUUAUUGCCGACGAAUUGCUGACAACACUAUCAGUACGUGAGCUAAAUAAACGUUUGCACGGUUGUCCACGCGAAGAAAUUGCAAAAUUAAAGCAAAAACGUCGAACAUUGAAAAAUCGUGGAUACGCACAAAAUUGCCGAUCGAAACGUUUGCAUCAACGUCAUGAGUUAGAAAAAAGUAAUCGCAAAUUGCAGCUUGAAUUGGAAAAUUGUCGCAUGGAAUUGAAUAAAGUACGACUUGAAUUGGAUAUGCUGAAGCAACGUCAUGCUCAACGACAAAAUAAUAAUCAGUCACAUGAUUUACAUUCGGACGGACAUAGUUCACCUCUUUUAAGCUCACCUGAAUUGUAUCUAUGACGCCAAAUCGGUGCUCAUGCACCUCCACCACGACAACAAACACAAUGGAACACACGCUAUUGCUAAACGUGUUUUGAUUCACUUUGUGUGUCUCACGCACAUUUUUUAUUUCGAUAAAGUUCACUUUUUCUCAUCGCAUUGCGAUUCUCUCACAUUUAUUUCAUUUAUUCAUUUUUAUUUUUUAUUCUUUUUCAUUUCUCGAAUAACCGAGAUAAAAGCGAUGUGAUCCAUUGAUGAUUGUUGUCGACUACAAAGUAACAUAGGAGUAAAAACCAAUCAUUUGAUGAAGACAACAAUUAGAAGAAAUAAAACUUUUGAUUCGAAAUAUUCAAAUGUGAGAAUUCGGAUACAAGUAAAACUUUAUAAGUGAUAAAUCAAGUCAAGUUUAAAGUUGGUAGAAUUUAAUGGCCAAUUUAACGUUACAAACAAAAUCAUUCUCAUUUUGCCAAAUGAUUCAUUUUGAACACAAAAAAACCCUAAAACAAUUGAAAAAAAGAAACACACACAUACAAAGCUCAUACUUAUAAUUAACAUGUUAAUUAAUGAUAAGCGACGUCUUCUUAAGUUUUUGUUUCAAUCAUAACAUUGAGUCUUCAAAUUUUCAUUUCUCUUUUUUUUAGAAAAAAAAAGCAAAAUUUAUGUUUUUUAAGACUAUUUGUCUCGUUCAAAUUCGAUUCAGUGCAAUGCAAUAAUAAAAUGGUGUGGUGCAAAGAAAUUAACUUUUAAAAAAUAACAAACAAACAAACAAAGUCAAACAUAUUUGUUAUUCGGAAGAGGAAAUUCGCAUAUUUUAGAAAUCCUUCAAACAUGAAUAAUAUUUCCACAUUCAGUUUUUUUCUUUCUCACUUUAUUUAUCAAAAAGCUAGUUUUCCCUUUGCAAACAGACAUUGUUUCUGUUUCCA